CUUCAAAGUUCAAACACAGUUUGAUUAAUUAAUUUCCAUUUCUUUAUCUGAUAUAUAUUGACGGACAUAUCAAAUGUUGAGGAGGCCAAGACCUGGUGGUGGCCAUCACCCACCACCGUUGGCUCCCACGGUGAGCAAUUUCAAGCCAAGAGCUCAGUGGAGCACCUUAGAAUCUUCCAUGUUCCUCAAUAUCAAUCUUCCUGGGUUCUACAUGGACCAGAUUAAAAUCACGACAGAUGAGAGGGCACGGACUAUCCACAUUGAAGGCCAGCGACCGCUCUCUACUCAGACAAAAGCUCGUUUUAAUGAAGUUUACCGUGUCCCUGGCUCAUGUGAUAUGACGAAACUGAACACUUCCUUCUCACAUGGGCUCUUGACGAUCGAGUUUCCAGUGAUUGCGGAAAGUGAGAAAGCGGGAAAGGUGGCCAAUGAUAAGGGGAAGACUGCACAGAGGCCUAAUCAUGAGGGUAAUAGAGGGACUGGUCCUGAUGGGAGUAGCGUGAGACGAAGUAGACUUUCGGACAAGGAGAAUCAAGUGGGGACAAGUCAAGAGAGCGAUGCUCCAAGGGAGAAAAAGGAAGAGCCAAAAACGUAUAAAUCAGUGGUUGAGGGUAAGAGAGAGGUGCCAGCUGCAAAUCGUGUCAAGACAGAGCAGAAAGUGAAAGACGGAGAAGCUAGCCCUAGCUUGAGUCGCAAGGAACAUGCGAAACAAGAGAAGGUGGUUGAGAAAAGGGAGAGUUCUCAAAUGAGUCGACAAAAGACUGUACAAAAGGUAAAGGACGAAGAUGCUAGAGGUACACCAACCGGUGGUGGUAGCUUGAAAGCCAAGGAACCUGCACAAAAAGAGAAAGUUAUUGAGAGAAAGACUGAACAGAAGGUGAAGGCGGAAGGAGUUACUAAACUGCCAGCCAUUGGUGGUAGCUCGGAACACAAAGGAAAUGCUAAAGCAGAAAAAGUAAUUGAGAGAAAAGGAAAUGGUGAAAUAGGUCAAAAGCUGAAAGAGGAAAGAAAGGUUGGCUUGGGACAAAAGAAAAAGGAGAAACACACAAUACUUGCUGUUGGUGAUGAGACAAGAAGAACAGAAAAGGAGAUUUCUGCGAUGAACCAGUCGAAGCCUGAGCUUAAAACGAAAGAAAGAGUUGAAAGAACAUCACCGGAUGUUAAUGGAAACGUGAUAACCAAAAAUGAUGAGAAGAUGGUUGGAGACAAGGUAAGUAAAGGAGAGAUUCAAGAGAGAGUGAGAGAAAAGAAGGUUGAAGAAGCCGGUUUAGUCAAAGAAACAAGAGAUCCGAAAGAUAAUCCUGAAGCCUUGGAUCCCAUAAGGGUAGAUUCUGUGAAGAAAGAAUCAACCAUAGGAGGUGAAGAUAAAGAGAAGAUGGUUGAAAAGAGCUCUGGAUCAGAUACAGUACCAUUACUAGUCCAAGGACAGAAGGAGACCAAAAUGGAUCCUCCUGCAGCACAAGGAAGCAGACUGGAGAAAGAAGAGAGUCACAAAUAUGGCAUACCUUUGGUCAAUGUUGGAGUAGCUUCUCUUGUGAUUAUGGUGUUUGGUGCUUACGUAUUCGUACCACUUGUAAAAAUGUUCUUUUAGAUUUUUUAUGUUCCAAAGAAGAAGAAUGGGAUAUAAUGUUACAGAAUAAUAACUGGUUAUAACUUUUCAAGCAGCAUCUUUUGUUUGGAUAAUCUUUAGAUCAAUAAACCAAGAAAAUAUACCGAUUACAGUCAUGGUCUUCUCUUCUCGUAGUAAUAACAUUGAAAAACA